AGGGACCUAUGGCAUUCUGUAAUAACUGAUUAACCAUUUAUUAAAACAUCUAUUCAUAAUUUAUAAACCCUUUACAAACUCUUUGUAAAUAUACCCUUUAUAUAAAGUGUGACCAAGAACACACUGAAUUUACUUUUUGAUAUUUUAAAUAUCACCACGCUAAAGUGCCUGCUUUGUUGUUCUCAUCCAUACAACCUUGUUUUUAAACUCAUUUUUCAGGCAAACCCAAGGUGUAUCAAGGUGUUCGAGUAAAGAUUACCGUGAAAGAGUUAUUGCAGCAGAGGAGGGCACGACAAGCAGCAACUGAUGCCACUGUUUCCCGAGGCAGCAGCAGUGUCCAGUUUCCAGAAUCUGUUUCUCCUCCCUGCACAGCCACGGCAGUUUCCAAAUUGCAUUUCCUGUGAAGAAAACCCAAGUUAUUUGGAGCAACUGGUUGAUACCUAUCUUCAGACAGAGCCGCCUAUGGACCCAUCCCUGAGUGCUCUACAGACUUCUACCCACUAUAACCCAGACACCUUCCUGUCAACCCCUCUCUGCUUUAACCAGAGCCUGGUUCCUGGAUCUCCUGCCUCGUCUGACCUGUCCAGCCCAUUAGACUAUAGCUACUCCCCACCUCAACUGCCUCCUUUUGCUCCACUGAACAUCAGCCCUCUUUGUCCUCUAGACACCACGAACUACGGCUAUCCUCUCGAGGAGUGCUCCCAUCCGCAGUACAGCUGCUCCCCCUCUGCCUGUUAUUGCUCAUCCUGUGCCUCAGAGCACUUGGAUACAUUCAGAGUAUCAGAGUAUUUCCCUUAUCCAAGUGCAGACUGUAUGGACUAUCCUGGCACCAUGACAAUGGCAGAUGACUUCUUUAGAAGGGAUAGAAACUACGACAUCUGCUACAGUUAA